AUGGUUAUAAAUUACAAGCUGAAUAAAAAAAUGCAGAAACCUAACAAAAGAACAAAUUAUAAAAAUUUACCAGCUUUAUUGGACGAGCCGUCCCUGAAAAAAAUUAAAAACGCAUCAAAAAAUCAAAAUGACGAUUUAAGAAAAACACAGGCUGAAAAUAUACGUGCUGUGAUAGUCAAUGUCGAUCAAAUAGUUUCAGCAUCUCAAGUAAACAAGCAGGUUACGACAAAAAAUAAAAAAUCCUUAAAGAAGACAAAAAUCAAUAAAGGCCAAGUAUGUUCCCCAUUUCAAAACAAAAAGCCAUCUGAAACAAAAAAAAAAUCUCCAAAGAAAACGCACACAAAAACAGAUACGAAAGAAAAUUCUCUGAUAUUGCAAACGGAAAAUGAUCAUAGCGAUAAUGAGUUUAUGACAGAAAAAAUAAUAUCCAAAGUAAAUAAAACAAAUGGUGAUAAUGAUAAUAAUAAUAAUAAUAAUAUUAAAACAAUGGCAAAAGAAGCACUAGAAGCCAUUGAAAAAGUUAUUGUUUUCAGCAGUAAAAUUAUUACGACUCCUAAAGAACGUUCCGUUUUAGAUUUAAUCAAAACUCGUAUAAGAGAUAUUGGAGAAGCAAAUGAAAAAAAUUGA